GAAGAAGUAGACGAUCAGUUGGUGUCAGUCAGUCAUUUUUCAACAGCUAUUACACAAAUGAAGAAGAAAACCGGAAGUGUAAUUUUUCCUCCUGCUGGCGACAUAGCUAAAGCUACGUCGGUGUCAUCGUCUUAUCGGUUUGGGGUUUGACAACAGAAACAACAGUCUUAUUUCGUGUCCAGCCACGAAUACCUGUUUUCACUGGGGUCUCUGGAGAGAUGAACAACAACGGGAAUAAGAGAGCUCCAACCACAGCCACUCAGCGACUUAAGCAGGAUUACCUCAGGAUAAAGAAAGACCCUGUGCCUUACAUCUGUGCAGAACCUCUCCCCUCCAACAUCCUGGAAUGGCACUAUGUAGUCAGAGGUCCUGAGAAAACUCCAUAUGAAGGGGGAUAUUAUCACGGAAAACUCAUAUUUCCUCGGGAAUUUCCUUUUAAACCACCAAGCAUCUAUAUGAUAACACCAAAUGGGAGAUUUAAGUGUAAUACAAGGUUAUGUUUGUCCAUCACAGACUUCCAUCCAGACACGUGGAACCCUGCGUGGUCUGUCUCCACCAUCCUCACAGGUCUGCUCAGCUUCAUGGUGGAGAAAGGACCCACCCUCGGCAGCAUUGAGACCUCUGACUACACAAAACGACAGCUGUCAGCCCAAAGCCUGGCCUUCAACCUCAAGGAUAAAGUGUUCUGUGAGCUGUUUCCUGAUGUAGUCGAUGAGAUGAAGCAGAAACAGAAGGCCCAGGAGGAGUUAAGCGCCCGCACUCAGCCCCUCCCCUUACCCGAUGUGGUGCCUGACGGUGACCCUCAGCACGCCCACUACGGCCUCCCUGCCCUCAACGGAGGUCCCGUCCCGCUCGGGGGCGCCAACCCCGCCCCUGGCCUGCAGCAGGCCAAUCGCAAUCAUGGACUUCUAGGUGGGGCUCUAGCCAACCUGUUUGUGAUUGUAGGCUUUGCGGCGUUCGCCUACACAGUCAAGUACGUGCUGAGGAGCAUAGCCCAGGAGUGAGAGGAGCUGGUGUUGUAGGGCAAUGCUCUCCCCUACUGGUGAGCCAGCUAGUGGACUCCACAUUCUACAGACACACUACGUGGGGGAGGGAUGUUCAGUCCUGGGUUUAAACCCCUCCACAACCACCACCAUGGACUUUGGAAGACGGAAACUCAGCCGACCCACCCAGGAAGGAUUGAGAGGAGGAGGUGGGGGAGUGGACGGGAGAGGCAGUAGGGCCGGGGGAUUGGAGGGGCUUAUUAAAACGGUUGUGAUCCACUCUGUGUUUCAGUGGUUUAUGUCAGCAGUAGGAACAAACUUGGCUCAUGGGUUGUGGAAGAGUGUAGAACUUAGCACAUGCACACAGGUCAUAGUUUGUUGCGCCAUGCCCGGAUGCAACAACACAAAUAUGCUUUAAUGAGGUGAAAUAAAAUGCAUCGUUGUUCUUCUGCGUUAUCAUGAACAUUACUAAUAAAAAAUUGUUUCUUAAACAAUUAAGUAGGUAGAAGAAAGUAGUCUUCCUACAGCAGAGAAUUGACAGGUGUAUUUAUGUCUGUAUUUCUCUUUAUAUAUAGAUAAAAAGCAUAAAAACACAAACUUGUUCUGUCAGUCUGUGAAAGAGCUACUGAUACAUGGUCAAAGUCUGAUGCCAGUCCAGACGUUCUCACCUGUGAACCCAUGAGCCAAGCAGUGAACCCAGUGUCUGCACAGAAGUAAAUAGAGACCAGUACCUUUUUUAAAUUGGCUUAGCUGACCAAUAUAGCACCACUCUAUAUAGGUCCAAGUAAGGAGACACAUGAAGAGAACCAAUAUUUUGUUUCUGUAUAUUAUUUUUCUUUUUGAUAAUUUGUUUUCUUUGUGGUUCGUUCUCUUUAUUUAUAGAAAACGCCUUGGCUUGUCCGUCAUGGUUCUAAGGAAAUGUCUAAGCAGGACAAUGCAGGCAGACAGGCUAUGGCCCAGGCUCACAUAAUUCCUGAUAAUUUACUGUUGCAUUUAGUAAAGAUGGUUCUACUGUGUGUCUAAUGUUUCAACAGAAAAAAGGUCUGAAAGCAGGACAUUUGCCUUUCUAUUGUUCUUUUUCUUGGCACCAUCUUAAAAAAGACAAACUGCUGAUGAUGGGAGUGUGUUUGUGUGAUUAUACAGCAAAUGCCCAAAUUUCCAUGCUUCAGUUAAUCUUGUGUGACAUUGUAUGUUUUCAUAGUAAAAAUGCAAAUAAAUUACCCUGCUUGGCAGGGCAUUUUAGAAAACCUUGCUUUGAUCUGCUUCUGUGACAAAUCGUACUUUUAUAAUGUCCAUGACCAUUCCGUUGUCAUAUAACGAGGUCAAAGAUUUCUUCCAAAUAAACAUGUCAUGUCAAUCAAAUCGAUUGUUCACACAGGCUAUAAUCAUUUCAUUAGAUAGCAAGACAGGUUGUGUGCCACUUCUGCCAAGUGUUUACGCUCACCUUUAAGCGUCAGCUUUCCACAGAAUCUCAUUUACCUGAGGACAGCGCUUCCUUGGAAGUGUUGGAAUCCACACGUGACAAGCUCGGUCACGUCUGCAGAGACUGCCUUUAAGAGACGAGCUAUCGCAGCAAACCUCACUGAGUCGAGCAGAAACUUCACCUGUAGCAAAGCAGCGGACUCUUACCUAUCCUGAAAGUCGUCUCUCACGCUUCGCUUCCUGCCUGUGCUGCGUCCUCGACAUCACUCAGUCACCAUGUUGCUAAAUGAAGAGCUGGAAUGUGUCGUGUGCUGCUACCAGUACUCACGCAGCGACCGGGUCCCUCGGGUCCUCCACUGCUGCCACACCUUCUGCGCCCCCUGCCUGGAGAAACUGUCCAAGCUGGCCGGCGUCGUGCGCACCGUGUCCUGCCCUCUGUGCCGCUGGAUUACCUGCACCCGAGCCAGCCUGACCCUGCCCGGGUCCCUGUGGGUCAACACGGAGAUCUGGGACCAGUUAACAGAGGAGCAGCAGAGAGGACUGAAUAACUCGGUGAAGGAUUUGAAUGACACAAAGACCCAGCUCAUCAAUUUAAAACGCACUGAUUCAAGACAGCAUGGCUUCAUGACCGCACUCCAAAAAAUGUUCAGCUGUGUUCUGCUGCAAAGGCCCGAGAUGGACGGCUGCUGACAGUUUAACAGCAGCGGAAAUGAACUCACAGACCCGAUGAGCCCGCAGUGCUAGACUCCACGCGGUUUGCAUGGCCGCAGCUGCGUGUGAUGGGCGCGCAUCUCCUGCGUUUCGGUCACUGUUUGUGUGUUACGAAGAGCGAGGGCCUGAACAGGAGCUUAUUUUUUAUUUUUUUUAAAGGACUGUACUUACAGGAGUUCCACAAGCUUUGAUCUGUAAAGUUUCUGUAAAAUACUGUUGUACAGGUUUUAUUUAUCACAAUAAGAGUAACUGCGAAAUAACACAUUCCAUGAGUCCUACACAUUUUCGUGUUUUUAGGUUUGAAGAGCCUAUUUAAAGCAUUUAAAUCAUUAGGUAUAAUGUGUUAUGUUAUAUAUUGUAGAUUAUUCUCAAAUCAUUUAUACAUGUAUAUAUUGUUCACUAUUUUUGUCACUUUGCUGUAAGAAAAUCAACUCCGAUGCGGAGCUGAGGAUUUUUUUCACUGUACUUAUCACUGACUUCAAAGUUUCUUAUCUUCAAAGUCUCUGUAAACUCUUAAGCACACUUUCUUUUAUUUAUUUAGCACAAAACUGUAACUAUUGAUUGCUAACUCAUCUCAGACAUUCUUGCACAUUUCCAUGUUAAAUCAGUUAACGAACAUCAUCUGUGAAGCGUUAAGAAGAGUAAUGUUCUAGUAACCAAAGAUGGGCAGCGUUUUAAUAAAGGUUAUUCAAAAGUA